AUGAGCUUCCCACCACCUGGAGCUGGUCAGUACCCGCAUUAUAUACCGCCGCCACAGUACCAACACGGACAAAUCCCCCCGCAGAUACUGUACAAUAAUGCCGGUCCUCCGCCAUCUCCAUACGAUGGAUAUGGCAAGCCGAACAUGUAUUCCUCGGCCAUGAUGCCAUAUCCUCAAUAUCCGUCCACAUAUGCACAUCCGCCUCAAGCGCAGCCGCAACAGUCCCAUCCUCCGCAAACACCCCCACAGCAGCCGCCUCAACUACCACAGCAAACUAUCCAACCACGGCCGCAGUCCGGACCACGAAUCCUUCCCCAGGCGCAGACACCUCCCCAACCACGGGCCCCUGUGCCUCCCUCUAUACCGCAGCCUCAAGUGAAACAGGAGGAACCUCAGCAUCAGUUCAUCAAUCCGUCUCAAUUGUUUGUACAACAGCCGCUACCUGCGGCACCACGAUCCCGAUAUACGCAAAUUUCUCCUCAAUAUGGCGAACCACAAAUGCCCCCGCCUGCGAGUCCUUCUCAUAUACAACCAAAUUUGCCGCUACCCUCGCAAUCGCCAGCUGUCCAAGUUGUCCUGCCCUCUAUCAGUCCCAAGCCCAACGCCCAAACCGCUCAAAUCCAAGCACAGCCUUCUAUGCCAACACCACAUCCCCAAACCCAAUCGAACUUAAAGCCAAAGGCUAAACCAAAGGCUAAGCCGGUCAUAAAAAAGGAAGCAAAACUGUCGCAAAUAUCACCCAAAGUGCAGCCUCAACAAGUCCAGCAAGUUCAGACACCUUCAGUCGCAACGCCAAAACGGCUUCCGUCUGCUCCUUCGCCUAUGACACAUGCUGUGCCGCAAGUAAUGAUCCCAACUCCCUCACCCCGACAAGCUGUGCCACAGGUGAGGAUCCCGGCCCCUUCACCGGACAUCAAAGCGAGUAUGAAGAUGCAGACACAGCCCGCGAAUCAGCAACCGAAAUCAUCUCAUGCCGAUAAGAGGAACAGUCAUCAAUCUGCUGAAAAGGUUGGGAAAUCUGUGGCUGCCAAACCUUCGAAGCCCCCAGUCGAUUACCAGGUUCUGUUAUUGUCAUUGGCCGACGAAUACCUCAAUGCUGCCCACGCCCGUGGAACACCGACAUCAAUGGCUAGCGGGGAUUCAGAUGUCGAUGAAUAUUAUAAACUAGUUGCUACUGGGCUUGGGUGCCUAGAAGCUGUCCUGAAGAAUUGGCGAUUGCAGCCCCGAAAAGAAGCCCUGGUCCGACUUCGUUAUGCACGUACACUGUUCGAGGAGACGGAUAAUGACAUUGAGGCGGAAACGGCGCUGAGUAAAGGUAACCGCAUGCUUGACCUCAAGUAUAGCAUGCAGCACCUCCUGGCGAGAAUGCUGCACAAAACGAAUUCUAAGGCUUCCCUGAAGGCCGUCGAUGGCAUGAUCCAAGACGUGGAAGCAUACCGUCAUGCCGCAUGGGAAUAUGCUUUCCGUUUCCUCCGAGUCACGUUGUCACUCUCGUGUCCAUCACACCAGGACUCCGUUCAAGCCUUACAUCAUCUGCACAAAAUCACGGCCAUGGCCAGCCGCAACGGUGAUAAAGCUGUGUCGGCAAUGGCAGCUGUCAUUGAAUCGUUAGCGCACUUGCAGCAAGGAACCAGCUCCGAUUCCAUUGAGCAGGCGCAGCGUGCGGUCGCUGCUGCACGAAGCCAUCAGCUCAACGAUGAGCUUCGCCAUAUACCCCAAGUUACCACCAUGAUCCAGAUGGUGGAUAUCUGUUGCAGCGUGUUGGAGUAUGAUGUCAAUCAAUCUGGACAAAAGUUGAAGGUUAUGCAGGCCUUGAUGGACGAAACUCUCAGCGAUAGCAACUGGCGGCCGGAUGGGUCCUUUGCCGUUCCGCUUAAUGGGAAGUCUGCUGGGCCAUCGUCAAUUGACACAGGUGACAUCUUGCAGGUGCAGAACGGAACCUUGCUUCUCAGUUUCAGCUGGCUUCCUCAACAUGACCUCUAUACCCUUUGCUAUUUUCUGAGCUCCAUGACGCUCAGCGCCAAGAACUCAUAUGAUGGCCGAAAAGCGGAAAAGUACCUCGAGGAAGGAAUCAAGAUGGUCCAGAGCAGCUUCAAGGCGCCCCAGGCAAUUUCCGAAUCAAUGGCUACGGCUAAUCGCAGAGUUCAAUGGCGACAGUCCCUUUACUGCAACUUGCUACUCCAACGAGUAUUUCUGGCAUGCUCUCGGACUGAUUGGGAUCUCGCGAAACAGACCCUCAAUGACCUGAAACAAGUGUUCCAGGAGCUUGGAUCCACCCUUCCCUACACCAUCGAGUGUCUGAUUGAAUAUGCCGCUGGCGCCAUUGCUCAGGCCACGGGCGACCUGACCAUCGCGCUGAGCAUCUUCCAAUCACCACUUCUAUCCCUCGAUCCCGCAACCAGCAGAGCAUCUCGUAAUGACCCGUGUCGAGACACGCGCAUUCUUGCUGCGCUGAACACAGUCCUCAUCCUUCGCGAUCCAAACCACCCGUCGCACCAUCUCUUGGGCUCCAUCAUCGCCACCAUUGAGCCCUUCUGCCAAGGCACCCCAAACAAGUAUAUACAGGCUGCCUACUUUCUGGUCUGCGCCACUGUGCACUCCGAGUCGACCAUUCAAACCAAGCAAUUUCUGCAGCAAGCCCUACAGUCUGCCACUGCCAUUAGCAAUAGUCAGAUCACCUGCAUGACACUCACGUUUAUGAGCUGGAAAUAUUUCCGCGGCGUGGUUGGCGAGCAGGCUGAGAAAAGUGCGCGUGCGGGCAGGGCCAUGGCCAAGCGUGCCAAUGAUCGUCUUUGGGCAAGUGUUACUGAUGACAUGCUAGCCGAAACUCUGGAGCGACAGGGCAAAGGCGAAGAAGCCCAGAGCGUUCGCGAGGAAGGUCAACGUCUGGUCACAGGUCUUCCGCCUGGUCUCAGACGAUUUGCUUGA